UCUUCUUUCUCCUUCCUCUUCCUCCUUGCUCAGUUUCUCUCAGACCUUGAGUUCCCUUCACUAAGACGACAAUGGAGGGCUUCAAAACUGUGAUGCUAUGGUGCGUUUUGAUGUGUUUAUUAUUGUUUGAGUCAUCAGUAGAAGCAAGGGUGAGGCAUUACCAGUUCGAUGUGGAGUACAUUUAUAAGAAUGUGGACUGCUUGGAGCAUGCUGUGAUGGGGAUCAACGGCCAGUUCCCCGGCCCAACCAUCCGCGCCGAGGCCGGCGACACCCUCGACAUCGCCCUCACCAACAAGCUUUUCACUGAGGGAACCGUCAUUCAUUGGCAUGGAAUUAGACAGGUGGGAACACCAUGGGCUGAUGGAACAGCCUCCAUAUCCCAGUGUGCUAUCAACCCAGGAGAGACAUUUCAUUACAGAUUCAAAGUUGAUAGGGCUGGGACAUAUUUCUAUCAUGGACACUUAGGGAUGCAAAGAGCAGCAGGGCUGUGUGGAUCGCUUAUAGUGGAUUUGCCAAAGGGACAGAAAGAACCAUUUCACUAUGAUGGAGAAUUCAACUUGUUGCUCAGUGAUUGGUGGCAUAAAAGCACUCAUGAACAAGAAGUUGGCCUCUCCUCUAAUCCUUUCAAGUGGAUUGGUGAACCCCAGACAUUGCUGAUCAAUGGAAGAGGACAAUUCAAUUGUUCAUUGGGGGCCAAAUUUAUGAACACAAGCCUUCCUCAAUGUAACUUCAAAGGAGGGGAAGAAUGUGCUCCUCAGGUUCUUCAUGUUCUCCCAAACAAGACCUACAGAAUUAGGAUUGCCAGUACCACUUCGUUGGCUUCCCUCAACUUUGCCAUCUCUAAUCACAAACUGGUGGUGGUGGAAGCUGACGGCAACUAUGUGCAGCCGUUUGCCGUGGAUGACAUCGACAUAUACUCUGGUGAGAGCUACUCCGUCCUCCUAACCACUGACCAAAACCCUCACCAAAACUAUUGGGUCUCGGUUGGAGUUCGAGGCCGAAAACCUGACACAACUCAAGCCCUAACAAUCCUAAACUACAAAACUAUCUCUGCCUCACAAUAUCCUAUAAUUCCACCUCCAGUGACUCCUCUUUGGAACGAUUUUGAACGAAGCAAAGCCUUCACUAAGAAAAUCCUUGCCCUAAUGGGAACCCCACAGCCUCCAAAGUACUCAAACAAAAGAGUUCUCCUUCUCAACACACAAAAUCGAAUCAAUGGAUUCAUCAAAUGGUCCAUCAACAAUGUCUCCUUAACCCUCCCUCCAACACCAUACCUAGGCGCUAUCAAGUUCAACCUCAAGAACGCAUUCGACCAACGACCUCCGCCAAUGACCUUUCCGGAGGAUUAUGACAUCACGGUGCCGCCAAAAAACUCUAAUUCAACAACAGGAAAUGGGGUGUACAUGUUUCAGAAAGAUGAAGUGGUGGAUGUGAUAUUACAGAACGCAAAUACGUUGAGUGCGAAUAAUAGUGAGAUCCACCCUUGGCAUUUACAUGGACAUGAUUUCUGGGUUUUAGGGUAUGGAGAAGGAAAGUUUAAGGACGAAGAUAUGAAGAGGAUAAUGAACUUGAAGAAUCCUCCAUUGAGAAAUACGGCAGUUAUAUUUCCUCAUGGUUGGACUGUCCUUAGGUUUAAGGCAGAUAACCCAGGAGUUUGGGCCUUCCACUGUCAUAUAGAGCCUCACUUGCAUAUGGGUAUGGGUGUGAUUUUCGCAGAAGGAGUUCAAUAUGUGAAGAGAAUUCCUACUGAGGCUCUUACUUGUGGCCAUACAGGCAAAUUUCUGAUAAACAAGAACAAUCACUAUUAAGACUAUUGAGAUUUUCUAUGCUUGUGAGAUGUAGUAGUGUUGUAAUUUUUCCUUCAUAAUUUUGUCCUUGUUCUUGUUCAGUGAGUGGGAGAUUAUUGAUGACCUAAUUGUAACGGGUUCAAAAGCCUAUAAUAAUAGUGAUUAAGAUUUA